AGCACAGCCAGUGGUACUUGGUCUCAAUCAAUCCUCUGUGAUGCUCGCCCUGUCCAGAACAACGGCUGCGGCACAGGCCGUGUGCUGUCAGCGCAAGCGCGAGUGCUGCUUCUAAAUCUGGCUGGCCCAAGAAUGAAGCUGAUCCCUGGCCAGCCUGGCAGUGUGAGAAUUAUUCGGCAUGUGCGCAGCUGUACCUGCGGCGGCUACGUACCACCCCUGCCCCCCUCCAGUCUCAUCCUCGGACUUGCGAAGGAUGCGGGCCAUGCUGAGUCCGAGGCUGGCUGGUGGCCGCGCGCUUGUCCAGGUCAAAUGGAGGGCCAGCAGCCUCUGUCUCUGUCGCGUCGCGACUCUUCGCCGGGGCUUUCCAUUCCGUCAUCUCUGCACCUCAACCUAGAAAGGCACCCCUAAACGCCGAAGUGCUGUCGGUCCAUCCAUGCGAGCUUGUGCAUGUCAUCCUCCGCUGAUCGGUCCUUGUCCCGCCCCAUUUGGUUCCGAUACUCGGUUGCUCUGUGCUCUUUGAGGUGGCAUACCCUAGAGCCAUCGCACGGGCACCUACCCAUCACAAUCAAUCAGAGCCGCUCGACGGCGGCCGCGGCAGUAUGUCGCGGCUCCUUGUAGCCCUGGCGGCCUGCCUCGCGCUCUUUCCACGCAACACCAUACAGUCUCCAGCAUCGCCCCUUGCCCCUCUCGGGCAGAGACAAGAAGAUGGGUUGGUUAGUCCGUCAGCGUUUCUGCGAAGGGCGUAUCAUAAGUCCGAGAUUCUUGAUGGAUGGCUAUACAUCGAUGGCGGAGAGUUCUCGUACCGAACAUCAACCGGCAUCAGGUACCAAUACUCCACGUCUCUUUUGGCCAUCGACCUGUCCCAAGACUUCACUGGCGCUUCAGUCAAGAUGAUCUCGACGCCCAAACCCCUCGGCGCACCAUCUCUCAGGCAAGGAGGGCUGUGGGUGGACCGCACCCAAAAGGUUCUCUACUUGGGGUUUGCCGGUUCGCACUCGGCAUUCUCAGACAAGGCCGACUCGCCAAGGGGGCUGUGGUCCUUUACGCCUGACGGCAAGGGCAGCGGCAACUUCUCGAACCUGAACGACACGGCCCGGGCUUGGUUUAUGGAAAACCCCCGGCCCUUUGACGGACUCUACGCAUCUGGCGCCAAAGCCGGUUACUUCUUUGGGGGCUUCGAGGGCGACAAGCCCGACAUCGAGGGGGUCGGCGUGGCCGACGAGGUGCCCACGUUCGGAAUGCUGACCUACGACUUCAAGACCAAGACGCCGACCAAGACGCCAACCAAGUCGGACGCCAAGGGCCCCAGCGUCGGCUGGGAGAUGCAGAGAGGCAACAUGAUAUACGUGCCCAACUUCGGACGCGAGGGCAUCCUCGUCUCGGUCGGCGGCUGCCAGAGGAGCAAGAAAAUGAAAAAUGGCGAUUUCCUGGUGGACAACACGGUGGCGCGCGUGUACGACAUCGCGACCAAGUCGUGGCACGAUCAGACCACCACGGGCAGUGAGCCCGCGCCGCGCAAGGACUACUGCAUCGCCGGUGCGGCCUCCACCAACAGGACGUUCGAGAUCCUGAUGUACGCGGGCUGGGCCGGCGACCUCGGCACCAGCGCCAUCGCGUUCGACCAGGCAUACAUCCUCUCGCUGCCGUCCUUCCGCUGGUUCAAGGCCGAGUACAGGGCCCUGCGGCCCCGCCACGGCGUGUCCUGCCACCACGCCAGCGGAGGCAAGGUCAUCACCGUGGGCGGCGCCGACACCACGCAGAAUGGGCCCAACUUGCUGUAUCGGGACGUUUUCAACAACGACGAUUCGUUCAGCCAAGGGAUCGGCAUCUUCGAUCUCAACACCCUCAAGUUUGUCGAUUCGUACAAGGGCGGCGGCCCCGACUCGUACACGCUGUCCCCUGAGAUCCAGAGCUGGUACAAUCUCAACUCCCGGCUUCCAACCUUCGAUUCGGGGGCCGUGUCAGACGCGUUUGCCGUGGAGAACUUCACCGUCCAGUCCGUCAGCAAGCCGCCCGCCGACGCCGCAAGCGGCGAUCGCGACAGCGACGGCGGAAAAACGUCGUCCAACACGGCCGCCAUCGUCGGCGGGGUGGUGGGUGGCCUCGCGCUCACCGCCCUCGCCGCGGGCCUGGCAUGGUUCUUCCUGCGCCGGCGCAGGCGGCACCGAGAGGCCGGGGUCGGGGCCGGGGCUGGGGCGGCGGUGCAGUCGCUGUCGGUCGGCCCCCACGCCAAGGGCGCGGGCGGCGUCUACCACGAGGUGCCGCAGGACCAUGCGGUGCAGCCCGCCGAGUACUACCGCCCUGGCUACGAACCCACGCGUGAGAGCACCCCCGUGGCCUUUUACGAUCCGCCGCCGCCGCCACCCGCUGUGGUUGCUGCUGCUGCCGCGCGCGGACCGACGCCAUCCCUCACGAGCGAGCAGACCCGGUAUGAGCUGUACAGCACGGUGCCCAGCGAGCUGGCGUCGGUCAGCUCGGGCGGCGUCCAGGGAUCGCUGCAUCUGCAGCACCAGCACCAGCAGGGCCAGGUGCACGAGAUACAGAGCUUCCAGGACGGCCGGGCGCGGUCCAAGGACGAGGAUAAUUACAAGUACAACGUACGGUUUUAGGUUGGCGUUUUGGAAAAGAAAAAAAAAGGGGGGGGAAGGGUUUGUGCUGGUCGCAUUAUAUCAGAAAGCAUUUGGCGUUUAGGCAAGGAGCAUAUAUUUAAAUGUCGACUGUUUUUAUUCAAACGUUUCUCGUAUGCGCCGCA